GACCCCAACCGGGGAAAGGGCAGCCAGUGGAGGACUUUCUCUCUCGCUCUCUCGGAACUCGCAGUUAUUUAUUCGGCUUCGGAGUUCUCUCUGCUCGGAUCCGCCAUGAGAGCAGCGAUUCUGAUCCGGACUAGCUCGAUCCAGGCCCGGCACCACCUCGCCGCCGGGUCGGUCGCCGACCAGUACUGUGGCGCCGGGGUCUCCUUCCCCCGGCGGAGCCUAAGCGCCAGGCUCUCCCCCCGAUCGGCCGCUCUGUACAUCGAUGGGAAGGAGAGGAGGGAGUUCCCUUCCUAUCUUCUCCGGCGGACGAGAUCGGAGGCGGAUCUGACCGGUUCAGGCUGUCCGAUCCCGAUCCUGCCGCGAUCGCCGGUCCCGGAGGAGUUGUUGGAUCGGAAAGGAAGGGCGUUAGAUUCUGGAGCGAUUUGGACGGAGGCGGCGGUGCCGGCAGCCGUGCCGGAGGAGGAGGAGGAGGUGGUGGUGGAGUAUUCGGGUGGUGGAGUAGGGAAGGGGAGGAAGGUCGGAGGCGGGAGCAGCGGCGGUGGCAGAGGAAGGAAGGACGGUGACCAGAACGAGAACCGGAGGAUUGGCGACUACUACCAGGAGAUGCUCAAGGCCGACCCCGGGAAUCCACUCCUCCUGCGGAAUUACGGAAGGUUCUUGCACGAGGUGGAGGGAGACGCGAAGGGGGCGGAGGAGUACUACGGCAGGGCGUUACUGGCGAGCCCGGGGGACGGGGAGGUGCUGUCGCUCUACGGGAAGCUGGUGUGGGAGGCGCACAGGGACGGGGAGAGAGCUGAAGCUUACUUCGAGCGAGCCGUCGAGGCCUCGCCCGACGACUGCUAUGUGCUGGGGUCGUACGCGAAGUUCCUGUGGGACGCAGAGGAAGAAGACGAAGAAAAUGGUGAGAGAGACGCGAUGCCACCGUUGGUGGAAGCUUUCUGAUGUUGAUGGCCGUUGGUUAAUCUGACCGUAGAUUGUGGUUUCUGAUGCGCGAUAUAUGUAUUAUAUGUGAUGUGUAGCUUGUAAAUAGUAAUAUUUCUAACGAGAUUUUUAUGAGAGUGAGUAAUAAAGCAGAGCAGCCGGAAUAACAGCAGGAAGGAGGAAGAGAGUAGUAGCAGAAGGGUAGAAAGGGGAGCAUGUGAUGAUGAGUGAGAGGGUGGGCCAGGAGCAUGGAGGGGCCCGAUUGAGGUGUACGACAACUUUAUUGGUGGUGUCACUUUGCAAUGCCGACUGCUAGUGCUGUUGGAGCCGUCAAACGGGCAGGGCAGCGAGGGAUGGUGGGGACGGUAUUUUGUAUGUGUUGCUGCUCCGUUUUGUCUUCUGUCUUCUUCCUUCUUCAAGUAACCGAAAAUAAAAGUUUGUGAAGAAGAAAGAAAGCCUGUCAAAUAUAAAUUUCGUGCUUUGCUAUUGGCUGUAUGAACGUGCUGCACAAGAAAUACGGCAGACUACUACCUUACAGCUGUAGUUGUUUGGACUGGUACGGUCAUAUAUGCUGAUAAAGCUGUGGUGAGGG